UCGUAAAACUCGCCGCCCAGUGAAGAUGGCGGCCGAGCUGCAUCCGCGCAGCGGAAAGCUGAUCGGCCUGUCGAACUCGAACCGAACCGCUCAGCGGAACCAGCCCGUCCAGGAGUUCAACCACGGCCUGGUGCUGAGCAGAGAGCCGCUGAGGGACCGGGAUGUCUUCACCGUGCGGAUCGACAAGAAGGUGAACUCGUGGAGCGGCUCCAUUGAGAUCGGGGUGACGGCGCUGGACCCCGCCGCCCUCGACUUCCCCAGCAGCGCCACAGGCCUUAAGGGCGGCUCCUGGAUUGUGUCGGGCUGCUCGGUGCUACGUGACGGCCGCUCGGUCCUGGAGGAGUACGGCCGCGACCUGGACCAGCUGGCCGAGGGCGACCGCGUGGGCAUCCAGCGCAGCGCCCGAGGGGAGCUGCACCUCUGGGUGAACGGGCAGGACUGCGGCGCGGCGGCCAGCGGCCUGCCGCCCCGGCUCUGGGCCGUGGUGGACCUGUACGGCAAGUGCACCCAGGUGACGGUGGUGAGCUGCGAGCCGCCGCCGCCCUCCGCCGAAAGAGAGAUAACAGAGCGGGAGGCAGAGAGGGAGGACGAGGAGGAUGACGAGGAUGAAGAGGAGGUGGUGGUGUGCGGGGGCCGGGACGAUGCAGGGAUCGCAGCACUGGUGAAUGUGGCAGCAAUGAAUGGAACAGUGAACGGCGAUGAAGUGCCUGAGCUCAGAUGCAGUCAUAGCAGGCCAGACAAGUUCCCCAACAACCUGGAGCCGGACACGGUCCUGACAGAGCACCAGCUCUUUGACGUCUUCAACAACGCAAUAGUGUCCCUGUAUCGCUCCGAGGACGAGGGCGGAGGGGAUGGUGGAGGAGGCGGAGGCGGGGGCGGAGGUGGAGGAGGAGGAGGGGCAGGAGCCACAGGGACAGACUCCUCCUCUAGAAGUGACAGGGGGAGCAGCAGUGGAAGGGGCGCAGUCAACAGCGAUGGGUCAAGAGGGUCAGCGGAUGCAGGAGGAGGAGGAGGAGGAGGAGGCGGCGGCGGCGGAAGCACCAAUAACAGCCCCGCCGGUAACGGAGGGGCGGGACUAGGGGCCAUGACGGGCGGCAUGACCACCAAUGACGCGCUGCUGUUCCACGAGAAGUGCGGCACGCUGAUCAAGCUGAGCAACAACAACAAGACGGCGGAGCGGAGGAGGCCGCUGGACGAGUUCAACAACGGAGUGGUCAUGACCAACCGGCCGCUCCGUCACAACGAGAUGUUCGAGAUCCGCAUCGAUAAGCUGGUGGACAAGUGGUCAGGCUCCAUAGAAAUAGGCGUGACCACACACAACCCCAACAACCUGGACUAUCCUGCUACUAUGACCAAUCUGCGCUCAGGUACAAUCAUGAUGAGUGGCUGUGGGAUUCUGACCAACGGGAAGGGGACCCGCAGGGAAUACUGUGAAUUCAGCCUCGACGAGCUGCAGGAGGGGGAUCACAUAGGCCUGAUGCGCAAGGCCAGCGGAGCGCUGCACUUCUACAUCAACGGCAUCGACCAAGGUGUAGCAGCGGCUCAGACCCCAGGCGUGGUUUAUGGCGUGGUCGACCUCUACGGCAUGGCCGUCAAAGUCACCAUCGUCCACAACCACAACCACAGCGACCGCCUCAGACGCAACAACGCCAUCAUGCGGGCCUUGUCUCCCGACGUGGGCCGGCCCCGGCCAUCCCUCUCUCUGACCCCAGAUCCAGAAGGGCCUGACCGCCUGCUCUUCCACCCCAACUGUGGCCAGAAGGCCGCCAUCAUCAGUGACGGCAGGACCGCGCUCCGGCCACAUGCAACGGACGAUUUCAACCACGGCGUGGUCCUGAGCAGCCGGCCGCUGCGCUCCAACGAGGUGUUCCAGGUCCGCAUCGACAAGAUGGUGGACAAGUGGGCGGGCUCCAUCGAGAUCGGUGUAACCACACACAACCCGGCCUACCUGCAGCUGCCCUCCACCAUGACCAACCUGCGCUCAGGGACAUGGAUGAUGACGGGGAAUGGCGUUAUGCACAACGGAACAACGAUACUGGAUGAGUAUGGACACAACCUGGAUCGACUCAAAGCGGGUGACACAGUAGGUGUGGUGCGGAAAGAGGACGGCAGCCUUCACUUCUUUGUCAACGGGGUCGCCCAGGGCCCGGCCGCCUGGAACGUCCCUCCCAGUGUCUACGCCGUGGUGGAUCUGUACGGACAGGCAGCUCAGGCCACCAUCAUGGACGACAUGGACCUCCCCCCUCUCCCAGAGGACAGCUCAGAGGGUCCCAUGGCCAUGUCGCCCGGGAGCCCCUGCUCCGUCGCCGGGGCCAACACUGCCAACGACCUGCGUUUCCACCAGCUGCAUGGCACCAACGCCGUCAUCACCAACGGGGGGCGCACCGCCCUGCGCCAGAACUGCCGCAGCGAGUUCAACGACGCCAUCGUCAUUUCCAACAGGUGCCUUCGAGAUGGAGAGCUGUUUGAAAUAAUUAUCCAGAAGAUGGUGGACCGCUGGUCGGGCUCGAUAGAAGCAGGAGUGACAGCCAUCAGGCCAGAGGAGCUGGAGUUCCCCAACACUAUGACUGACAUCGACUACGACACCUGGAUGCUCAGCGGGACGGCCAUCAUGCAGGACGGAAACACCAUGCGCAACAACUACGGCUGUGACCUGGACUCCCUGACCACGGGCUCGCGGAUCGGCAUGAUGCGCUCAGCCACCGGCGACCUCCACUACUACAUCAACGGAGUGGACCAGGGAGUCGCCUGCACUGGUCUGCCCACAGAGGUGUAUGCCGUGAUCGACCUGUAUGGUCAGUGUGUUCAGGUGUCCAUCACCAGCUCCUCCGGCCCGCUGGAUAACAGCCUCUGCACCAGCAACAUCACCGAGAAGAGCUUUCCCAUCCACUCGCCAGUGGCAGGCGUCGCCCACCGGCUCCACAGUAAGCACGGUAAGAACGUGGUGCUGCUGGGCGAGGGCUGUCAGGCGGUCAGAGUCGGAGGCUACGCUCACGGCAUCGUGUUCAGCGCCAAGGAACUGAAGACAGAUGAACUGUUCGAGGUGAAGAUCGAUGAAGUGGACGAGCAGUGGUGCGGUUCACUGCAUGUCGGCCUGACCACGCUGGCGCCUCCGGAGCUGCCGUCCUGCCCGCUGUCGGGCCUCUCCCCGUCCCUCCCGCAGCUCCGCGCCAAGGUCACCUGGCUGCUCUGCGGCUCCGAGGUGCGCCGCAACGGCCUGCUGCAGCGCCAGAACUACGGCUGCUCUCUGGACCGGCUCAUGGUUGGGAACCGCGUGGGCGUGAAGAGGUGCAGUGAUGACACCAUGCACAUUUUCAUCGAUGGAGAGGACAUGGGACCUGCGGCCACUGCAGUAGCCAAGAAUGUGUAUGCGGUGCUGGACCUGUACGGCCGAGUGACAGCGGUGUCCAUCGUCAGCUCGUCGGUGAUGGAGGACAUGGAGAGCAUCAAGGCCCCGUCGCUCUCCUCAGACAGCUGCAGUGAAGGGGAGGAGGACAGCAGCCCCGUCAGAGAGGUGGAGAGUGAGCCGUGCGCGCUGGUGCCCACCGUCAUGGCUUUCCUGGAAAACCACGGCAAGAACAUCCAGCUCUCCAACCAGAACCUGACGGCAGCCCGCGUGUCCAGCUACAACCAGGGCCUGCUGGUCACCGCCCAGCCGCUGGCCCGCCAGCAGCUCUUCCAGUUUCAGAUCGACCGUCUGAACCCGUCAUGGACGUCGUCGCUGUCGCUCGGGGUGAUCGGCCACUCCCCCGACCGCCUCAACUUCCCCUCCACAGCCUGCUGUCUGAAACGCUCCGCCUGGCUGCUGCAGAGAGACUCGGUCUUCCACAACUCCCUAAAGAUAUGUGAGAACUACGGUCCGAACCUGGACACGUGUCCGGAGGGGACGGUGUUGGGUCUGCUGGUGGACGCCAACAGCUGUCUUCACCUCUACGUCAACGGCAUGGACCAGGGAGUGGCAGCACAGGACAUUCCCUCACCCUGCUACCCCCUCAUCGACCUCUACGGCCAGUGUGAACAGGUUACCAUAGUGACGAACAACGUGCCAGCUGUGGGCGGAGAGAGCGGCGAGGCCCGUUGCCAGGGCGACAUGGAGAAGGCGGACAUGGUUGACGGAAUCAAAGAGAGUGUGUGCUGGACGCCGCCUCCAGAGGUCAACCCCAACAAGACCUGCGAGUACCAGGCGCUGUGCUCGCGCUUCAAGGACCUGCUCACAUUACCAGAUGGGUAUUUCAACGAGGAUGCCAAGUACAACCUGUGCUACUGUGAGUCCUGCCACAAGCUGCGGGGCGACGAGGCGUACUACAAAAGAGGAGAGCCACCCCGUGACUACGCCCUGCCCUUCGGAUGGUGCUGCUUUGCCCUCAGAACCAAGUCCCACUGUGAGGUUUCCAAUGCGCUGAAGAAGUGGCACAUAGCUUACCACGGCACCAGUGUAGGAGCCCUGCGGCGCACCCUGGACCACAGCCAGCUCAUGUCUGGGACGUCGUCCAUCUUCUCAGUGUCUCCGGUGAAGACGGAGGGGCCAAAUGGCUACAGCGAGCCCGAGGAGAACAGCGCCCCCGGCAGGGAGGUUCCCAGAGUGCAGCUCUCCCCCACCAUGCGAUACUCCGGCCUGGAGAUCUUUGCCCCUAAAGUGCAAUUUCGGGACCCCCGUUCUCACCGUUGCCACCAGGCUCAGGUGGGUUUCCAGGUGUGCGUGCGGCCCGGCUCCUACAAGGUUGGACCUCAGACGCUGGGUGCCAGCGAGCCUCUGGAUCCUCGCUUCAGCAACACAGAGAUCGAGUGGAUCACCAAGGAGCAGGGGGGCACCCUCCUAUACGGACUGCUCAUCCGGGUGGAGUGAGGGAGCGACCAGAGAGGCACGAGGGGAAGAGGCGGGGGGAGGAGGCGGAGAACAACAGGGUCCCGGGAAUCGAACCCUGUGGCACUCCCUGGACUUUUUAUUUAACUGACAACCAAAUCCGACCCCCUGCCUUGAGCAAGAGACUCCUCUGGAAUUCACUCGUUCCCACUGUGGAUUGUUGACAAUUCAGCAUUACUGAUUUUUGUUUAUUUUGUUGGUUUUGGUUGUUUGCUCUUGGACACUUUUAACCGGCGGGGGCGAUGGCGGUUUCAAAGAAGAACAGACACUGCCUGCACUUUAUGUUUUGGACACUCGUGGGCGAUUUUUAAAGUAACUUCUCAUCGACACGACACGUUUGGUCAUUCACUGCAGUUUUUGUUAGCACCUUUCCCCCAUCCCCGAAUUUAUUGUAUUUUUUUCCCCCUCUCUCACACAACCCCUUGCUCUUUUAUUUUUUUAACCCUCCGGCACUUAUUCUGUUGCCUCUCUCCUGAUUCGGGAGGGACGAUUCUUGUUCUUCUGUGAAAAAACAAACUAACAAAAAAAAAAAAAAGCUGAGUUAAGAAGUCACCUGCCACCCUGCACGCUCAUGGACGAUCACUAAUUGCAGACUUCGAAACGUGGGUCAGAACAAAUUUGUGAAUAAAGAGUGACACGUGUUUCACAAAGAUGAAGAAAAUAAGAAAGAAAAUAGACUUGAAUUGGAUAAGGAACCUAAGAUUGUCUCGUGACUUUAGGAGGGGGAGGAUUCUCAAAACUGGAGGAAGAAAAAUGUUUACACAUGUAACGCUUGUCUGUGUGUUUCUGUCCUCUCCGCCUCUCAUCUGUUGCACCUCUUAACAAUCCGGCUGCUUGUCUGUCUUUGUUUCAGUCCCGUUUGCUUUUCUGUUCCAGCCCAGAUUCGCCUCUGACUCCUCAUGUCAACGGAAAACACUCGCAGGCCAGUACUGUGCAGGAAAUGGGAAAAUUUUUAGUUUUUUUUUUUUUUUUUUUUCUUGUGGAAAUGGACCUUCACAGAAAAAUUGACUCCUCAUGCUACUCUUGUCAAUUCUUUUUCCUCUCCUCACUGCAACUUAUGAGACUCAAAAUGUCCAUAAGGUGCCAAUAAAAUGAGUAACUCAAUGCUGAAAUUUAAUUCCAGCCCAGCAGCUCUCCGUAUGUUCUGUGGCUGGAGAUUUGAGAUCAGAUAUAUUUAAAAAGAAGUAUUUCCUGCUAGACGUGACGGGUAGCAAUACGUCUAACAUCUUCUCCAGCUGGCUCUAUUUAAUAUGCUAAUUCCAAAGUGGAAGAGAAAUUUGAAGGGUGGAAAGAAAUCGACCGAGGCCAAAAGGUUUUGAAGUGGAUUUCCGCAUCACUCCCUCGCUCCAUCUCGCUUCCCCCAUUGUUUACACCUCAUCUGCUCAUAUCUCCGCUCCGAUGCAUCCGUUCAUCACGUCUGACGUCGUUUACCUGGGAGGACGGCCAGAGCCAGCCGCGUCGCUCUGCGGCCUGGUGUGAAGACUUAUGGGAAACCGAGUCCUCUGCAUAACAUGACCCUAAUGCUGGAGUUUACAUUGUGAAUGUGAUUCAUUAGGGCUUUGCAGUUGUUGUUUUAUUUUUUAUUUUUUUGGUAGCUCAUGUAACUGCUACUGCUUUACUUACAACUAACACCGUUCAUUUACAUACGUCAGAGAUUUACACAAGGGUUUGUUUGGUUUUUUUUGUCCAAAAUAUUCACCUUAUUAUUGAUUGUAUGUGAACAGCUUUCCAAAGCAUAUCUUUUCAACCAUUCUGUUUCAUGUUGCCAAUUUGAUAGAUUUCACUACAACCCACACGAGACCCCAUUUUUCAAGUCACAGUUUUGAUUGGGAAGUGGAAAUUGAGUUUUAACUGAAGCUCAGUCAACUUCUGGGAGAAGCUGUGAUCUAAUUCAUUGGGAAACUGCGGGGUUUGACAAAGGAAACGUGCAACGUCCAAUCAAAAUGUGAAAAUAUAUGGGUUGUUUAUGGCCCAGUGCUGCUUUAUACAAGAUUUAAUUUGUAUUGUUUUCAUUCAUUUUCUGUAUGUUGCGUUGUACAGGCUGUUACAUAACAUUAAAAUCAUAUCUUCCUGAUUUAUAAAAAAUAAAAAUAAACCAACAAAGACAGUAUGCACAUAUG